AUGAGUUGUUGUGCUAAAAAGUCGGGAACCGAGUGUUGCGGCGCCGAUAAGUCGACGGCCCAGACAUCGGAAACCGCUAUACGAGACGCGGUUCGCGAACAUUACGCUCGAGUCGUGACCAGCGAUAAGUCGGGUUCGGGCGACUGUUGCGGCGCCGGCUCUUGUUUCGCGCCCAACACCGACCAAAACUACGCCCAAAAGCUGGGCUACAGCGCCGACGACUUGGCGGCCGCUCCGGACAGGGCUAACCUCGGCCUCGGGUGCGGUAAUCCCAUCAAAGUGGCUAAACUACAGCCGGGAGAGACUGUACUGGACUUGGGCUCCGGCGCCGGCUUUGACGCGUUCAUCGCCGCCCGCGCUGUCGGCCCCACCGGACUCGUGAUCGGAGUCGAUAUGACACCGGAGAUGAUAGAGAAAGCCACGGCGAACGCCCAGAAGUCGGGCCACAAGAACGUAGACUUCCGUUUGGGACAGAUUGAGGACAUGCCGGUGGAGAGCGGCUCAGUCGACGUCGUUAUAUCCAAUUGUGUGAUAAAUUUGGUGCCAAACAAACGCAAAGCGAUUGAGGAGUCGUAUCGGGUGUUGCGUUCCGGCGGACGUCUGGCCAUUUCGGAUGUGGUCACUAAUGUUGAGCUCCCGGAGGACGUGCGCCGCGAUCUGGCCCUCUAUGCCGGAUGUCUGGCCGGCGCCACACCAGUGGUUGAUCUCCAGGAGUACCUGAAAAGUGCCGGUUUUGUUGACAUUAAGAUUUCGCCGAAAGACGAGUCGCGAGAAUUCAUUAAGGAUUGGGCGCCCGGUUUGAAACUCGAGGAGUUUGUUGUGUCCGCACAUAUCGAGGCCAAAAAGCCCUAA